AUGAUUGUCUGGAACUAUCGCUGCGAUCGAUUGGGUGAUGACGAUGGAUGUGACAUCGACAGCGUGAUAUGGGUAGUACUGUAUACGCGGCGCAAGCUUGUUCGUCGCGUGAUUGCCAGUGACGACGAUGAGAGUGACAUUGCCAGUGAUGAUGGGGCGGGUAAGAGUAAGUCGAAAGCUGCCGGACUUUUCAACGACUCUGAGAGCGAAAUGAGUGGCUCGCAGCAGGAAAGGUAUGCGCACUCCCGAAUGUAG